AUGCAUCUCUCCUCUCAUACCUGGAUGCGUCCCGAGCCUCUUGAACAUACCCUCCAAAGGCUCGUCCGUCUCGGUUACACCAGCAUUGAACUCGCUGGCGAACCCGGCCAGUUCCCCGUCGCCUCAACCCGCGAGCUUCUUCAAAAAUAUAACAUCAAAUGCUGGGGAACCGUCACCGUCAUGCACGGCACGCGAAACCUCCUCGCCUCUGAUCCCCAACAAAGACGAAAUACCAUUGAGUAUAUGAAGCAAGUCGUGAACAUGUCCGCUGAGCUCGGCGGCCAAAUCACCACCGUGGUCCCUGGAACAGUUGGUACUAUUGUUCCUUCUUCUACACCGGGGAAUGAGUGGAAGUGGGCUGUUGAGGGUCUUCGUGAAGUUGCGGCCUUCGCACAGGCGAAGGGUAUCAACAUUGGCCUUGAGCCUUUGAAUAGGUUUGAGACUUACUUUCUAAACCGAUCAAACCAAGCUCUCGCUCUCGCCGAUGAGGUUGGAUAUGGCGUUGGUAUCGCUUUUGAUCCAUUCCACCUUGCCCUUGAGGAGAAGGAUCUUAUCGCAGCUAUCCACGCAUGCAAAUCGCGAAUCGUUGACUUUCACGUGGGUGACAACAACCGCCUUGCACCUGGAGAUGGGUCUUUCGACUGGCCUAAAAUUAUGAAGGCAUUAACUGAAGCUGGGUAUGACGGUGGUCUGGCUGUUGAGUUUAUGCCAGCUAUUGAUCGAACGCCUGUUGGGGAUUAUGGCAAGGCUCAGUUGGAGACGGGAGAGAUGGAUGUUACGCCUGAUCAACUGCAGUUUAUCAUUGAUCAUGGGUCGGGAUUAUUAUCUGAGACUUACUAUACGGAGCUUUUGAGGAGGUCUGCUGAGACGCUGGCACCAUAUGUUGAGAAGUAG